AUGUCGCAAGAUGAAGGAAAAUCCUUCGCGCGGCUCGACUUGCAGCCACAGCAGUUUGUUUGCCGAGACAAGCAUCAGCAGCCUGGAGACGGUCUACUAAACAAUUCGAGGCGGUUCCCAAUAACAGACACUAAACAGGCCAUAGACAUUGUGCUUUCACCAGAGACUGAGCCAGAGACUACGAGGGAGUUAAAGCAACGAGGAGCCUCGACUCCAGGGAUCAUCCCUAGCAUAGUCGACCGAGAUACCCAAGCAGCGACAAAUCUAACAGCGCCAAUACCGGUACCACGAACGUUUCUCACGGUGGAAAUCACUUUCGGACCAAGCACGCAUCCAGCCGAUCCCACUGACAUUGAAAGGCUCCUAACAAUCUUCGAACACAAGAUCGAAUCCCAGGGUACUCGCGACCUCAUGAGAUUGGAAGAAUCCUCGUUCUACAAGAACCUUAUAGUGUUUCUAAACCCCAGCCCCGAUUCGUUCAUUAGAUAUUCAGAGGCAGCAGCAGUCAUCCACGAGAUUGGAUGGCAAGCGCUUGACAAUGACUACUCCAGUACAUUCCAUUUCGUUGCGCGCAGGUCUAACGGCCAAAUCGCGGCGGUGGGAGCCUUGACUUUGAAAACAGAGGAUCCGAUCAUAGUCAAUAGAGAUACGAUCCCAGAAACUACUUUGACAGCGCCGAUACCGGUACCGCACGCAAACAACCUUACGGUAGAAGUUUACUGCGGCGUAUAUCCGGAAGUCACUGCAGAUGUUCUCGAGCUUCUACGGCAAUUCAAUUUCGCCCUUCAAGCCCAUAAUCCUCGCGAAAUCCUGACAUCACCAGAGUCCUUGGAGAUCGGCGACAUGGAAGUCAAUCUGUAUAGUAAUAUGCCUGGCCAGCGGAUGACCUAUUCCGAAGCUGCACUGUGUAUGGAAGAAGUUAGAGAGGAUGCGAUUCGGCACAAUAUAACGACUUCAUUUGAGAUCAUCAUCUGUACGACUGAUGGUCGGCUUUUGGCUGGAGGAGCUUUAUCUUCACAGCCUUUGGCCCGGCCCAGUGUAGUCAAUAGAGAUACUACCAUCCUAGAGAAAAGAGAGAAAAGAGUAUCCCAGUAUCAAGAACCGGAUUUAGUCUAG